UUAUUGCUCUCUCGUUCCGUUCUCUUCUGACUGACUAUGCGUGCUCAGCACACCACUCACGCUCUUCCGGCAUUUCCAGUUUAUUCAUGCGCAUUCAUCUCGGACGAUUUACUGGUGGCUGGCGGUGGAGGAGGAGCUUCGAGGAGCGGGGUCAAGAAUAAACUCAGACUCUUCCGCUUAUCUGUCAAGCAACAACUAGAAUGCUUAGCUGAAUUUGAACUCGACAAGGACGAAGACGCUCCCAUGAGCAUGGCCGCUCAUAUCGAGAGCCGGACCAUAGUGUGUGGUAUCAACAGCGCCACAGCCAAGCUGGAAAAGGGGGAAAACGAAAAUUGCAGGAAGUUUUCGAUAGGCGGUGAUGACGAGUUCAAAUUCACCCUGCUUGGAACCCGUGGGACCAUAUCACCUGGAAAUACUGAAGACUACCAGCGUUUAAGUGUACUAUCCAAUGAUGCCCAGUUCGUGGCAGUAGGCAGCGAGCACGAGCUUACACUCCUCUCUUAUGAGAGUCUCUCUCCUGUUGCCCGACCAGUCCACGUGUCCAGAGGCGAGAUAUACGAUGCAACGCUGUCUGCUACUCAUCUUAUUUUAGCAACUAGCGUCAAUCUCCUGGUCUACGCGCUUCCCGCCGCCCUGCGAUUCGGGGGGAAGGACAACCAGGAGAACGCGAUUAUAGAUAAUCCGCACACUCCUAUUGAUACUCCGCCAGAAUUGAAACUGGUAAAGACCCUGGACAUUCCCCCGAUCUCUACCAUCCCAACAGGGGCUACCGUGACAUUCCGUGCUGCAAGGCUGCACCCAUCUGAGGUGGAUCUGGUUUAUUCGGUCAUCAAUGUUUCCCUUCCUCGGGCACCGAAAGCGAAGACAGCAAAGAAACAAGCGUACAUCUUGAAAUGGAGAGUUUCGGCUGCAGAUGACGGGGCAUUCUCCGCUACACUAGAAGGAUCGCGCAAGAUCAGUGAGGGUAGUUUGACGUGCUUCGAUGUUAGCCCCGACGGAAAACUGUUGGCGUUUGGCGUGUCCGAUUACAGCCUUGGCAUACUUGAUGCCAAUAAUCUUGCACCGCUCCUAUCAAUUUUGAAAGCUCAUGAAUUUCCGAUAACUGCACUUCGUUUUAAUCCGUCGUCGAGGCUUUUGGUCUCUGGAGGAGUCGACAGUUCAAUACGAAUUGUUACCAUCCCCGAGAAGUUCGGUGGUUCAUCGUGGAGCGUAACAAUCUUGAUAAUGCUCGCCAUCCUAAGCGUCAUACUUGCGGUGAUAAUGUUGAAAGCGUAAACUGGAAUGAGGUACUAUUGCCAUGGACAAACAUCACUAUAGCUUGUCUCCCUCGUUGUUUUAUCUCUACAUAUUAGGUUGUAUUUAAUGUAUAUCAUUCUGACACAAUGUAAGAAUG